AUGAUGAUGAACCUCAUCAUCAUCUGGAUACUGCUCCUAAGCGGCUUAUCCUCGUGUUCUGGUACCGCCAGUGACGUCCUGUGCUUGCAGACCCUGAAACAAUCACUGUUCGAUUCCAACGGUGCACUCUCGUCAUGGGAGUUCAACAGCAGCGGCACCGUAGGAUACAUAUGCCAGUUCAACGGCGUUGAAUGCUGGCAUCCGUCUGAAAGCAGAGUCCUGUUCUUGAACCUCGGCAACAUGGGGCUUGAAGGUUCGUUCCCUCAAGGCGUUCAAAACUGCAGUAGCAUGACGUUACUGGACCUGUCAAACAACAGCCUCUCAGGACCCCUCCCCGGAGACAUCGCCAGGCAGUUGCCGUUCAUCACAUCUCUCAACCUCUCGCACAACAGCUUCUCAGGUGGCGAAAUCCCAAGCGGCGUCGGAAACCUGUCAUACCUGGUGCAGCUGAGCCUUGAGCACAACAGGUUCACCGGACGGCUCCCGGAGACUAUGGGCGAUCGUCUUGCACGGUUAACUUUGCUGAAUGUUGCGGAUAACUCGUUGUCAGGUCCCAUCCCGGGCUCUCUCCAGAAGUUCUCACCCGAAAACUUCGCCGGCAACGACGGGCUCUGCGGGGCGCCGCUGGGCAAGUGCAAGAGGCGGUUCCAUGUGCGGAUACAUCUCAGGCUGCGUAGGGUCAACGACGCAUCCAGCGUCGGCGGCGCGGUGGGAUUCGUCGUGGGGUUCGUGGUGGCUUUCUACUUCCCGCAAUGGUUUCUGUUCUGUGGGAGUCUCCGCCGCUACAUCUUCCCUGUGUGCGCCUGA